GUCAUGCGCAAUUUACAGAUCACUACGCAUGCGCGGUAUUCGAUCGGAAUUAGAGCGACUUGGCGACGCCUGAACUUGGACGCUUGCAGGCAGUCAGCGUCGCGACGCUCGCCCGUCACGUGAUUUCUGUGUGAACGGCCACAUCUAACAACACACGGUUCAUUCACCUCAACCCUCAUAUGUGUUUUGAAUUAUUAUAAAAAGUUUAUUACAACCGACCAUUAGUUAGUUUUAUUUGGGACUUUUUCGAGAUUUUCUAGGGGUUUUGAAGUAUAUUAUAGUAUAGAUUAACAGAAAAGGUAUAUUAUACAUAACAGAACAGGUAGACCGCUCCCAAUACAGUUGGAUGGUGUAGGAAGUUCAAACAAACGGAAUGUAUGAAUGAAAUAGUUUGAAUAGUGAAUCAAAAUUAAAUUGGAAUAAACUUUUAAUUGAAGUUUCAAAAACAUGGAAUACGAAGAAACAGGAUUCCUGAAUCUCCAGAUGAAGCCCCAACAGCCAUCAUGAGUAGCAGGGGCUGGUGAAGCAGAGUGGCUGCAGCACAAAGUGCCAGUGGGGGGCCGGGGGGACCACCAGGGGGGCCAGGGGGGGAACCAAGGGGGCUGUGUGCCAGACUGGAGAGCGGGGGCGGUGCUCACGCCCCCCAGAAAGUGGUGGCGGCUGUUUCGCCUAUGCCCGCCGCCUCCAACGAUCUGCCAAACGCUAACACGCCACAAGGUGGCAGCACAUCCAACUCGACCACAGUCAUCGGUGGCCAGACCUCUUCGACAACUGGAAGGAAUGCAGCCGCCUCCACAACCACCCCCGGGGGUGGGCCCUGCCUCCAGCCUUCGCUGCUAUUCCUGCUGGGCACACUUGGCCUCACCACAUGUGCCACUGGCAUGCUAUGGGCCGCCAUCAUCACAGAUCACUGGGAGUCCCUGACCUGGAAUCACACACGGAUCGACGAGAUAGCUCGAGCCUCCCAGGCACGCAAUCUGUCGCAGCAUCGCGUCGUUAUAGUGGACAGCUACCUUGACCGGUGCGUGACCAGGGUGGCAGUGAGAGACCUGAGCCUCGGGCGCAAACCACACGAUCAACAGGAACCCCUAGGCGAGGUCAUAGCUGCCGUCUUUCUAGUGCCAAUGCACGGCGGAAUAUGGACUCUGUGCGUCUCGCUCACUGAAGAACAGAUCAGACUGUUAUCGACGGUUGGUUUCAACCAACGAGAAUGCCUCAACUACCUACCGCCUCUUUUUCAAAGAACUGAGGAACUGGAAACACGACCAGAUUGGCAGCACAAAGAAUUGAAUUAUCGUACAUGCCUACAGGUGUACAGAAACGGUACUCGGCCUUACGAUCGAUACAGGAAUCUACGCUCGUUCACAAGGAUGCAGAACCUUUCGAUAUCCUGUGCACUAGUCUGCCUGAUUAUACUGGGAUCCUCAGCUCUGGUUGGAUCAUUCGGAGUUCUCAAACACCAAAUCAGCGCAGUUCUAGUUACUGGCGUCAUGUAUUUACUGGCCGCCACAUUCGCCCUGUUCACCCUCACCAUAAUCCACCUGAAACGGCAACAAAGCAAACCAAAAUGGCCGCCGCCCCCGGGCCCCGGAGCCCCAGACUGUCUCCCCACGACGCCACCCGGCGGCGGUGUCUCCCCGCUUGGGGACGGAGUGUCCCCCCUGAACGUGGGCGCCCUGGACCCCUCAUUGAUGGCCAUCUGGGCCGAGUACUACCCUGCCCGCAUCUUCACCAAGGGCUGGUCCCUAGACCUGGGCUGGGCUGGUGUUACCUUAUGUGUGCUCACUAGCGUCCUAUGGAUACUACUUUCGAAAAUAAUGCGCUACAAUCCGAUAUCGUCUAGUAUAUUGGCUUAGCACAACCAUCCUAACACGAAAAACUACUUAGAGAUUACAAUUUAAGUCUUUGGCCCAGUUACACAAAAGCCUGUUAGAUUUUAACCAUGAUUAAUUACUACAAGAACCAAUUAGAAAAGGCUUUUUUGAAAAGAAGUCUUCUCUAAUUGGUUCUCAUGGUAUUUAAUCACGGUUAAAAUCUAACAGGCUUUUGUGCAACCAAGCCUAUCAGAUACAAACAGGAAAUGACGAUGUAUAUCAUCUUCUAUACUUUUA